AUGGAAGAAGGAAGUAUGUUCAGAUCUCUUCUAGCGAUUCUCCAGUGGUGGGGUUUCAACGUUACCGUCAUCAUCAUGAACAAAUGGAUCUUCCAGAAACUUGAUUUCAAGUUCCCACUAUCGGUUUCAUGUGUUCACUUCAUAUGUUCAUCGAUUGGAGCAUACAUCGUUAUCAAAGUCCUGAAGCUUAAACCACUGAUCGUCGUCGAUCCAGAAGAUCGGUGGAGGAGGAUUUUCCCAAUGUCUUUCGUGUUCUGCAUCAACAUAGUGCUCGGAAACGUCAGCCUCCGUUACAUCCCGGUGUCGUUUAUGCAGACGAUCAAAUCCUUCACUCCAGCAACUACAGUUGUGUUACAGUGGUUGGUAUGGAGGAAAUACUUCGACUGGCGUAUAUGGGCGUCUCUGGUGCCGAUCGUUGGAGGGAUUCUUCUGACCUCUGUUACGGAACUUAGCUUUAACAUGUUUGGAUUCUGUGCUGCACUGUUUGGUUGUUUAGCUACUUCCACUAAGACCAUUCUAGCCGAAUCUCUCCUCCAUGGCUACAAAUUUGACAGCAUCAACACCGUGUACUACAUGGCGCCUUUCGCCACCAUGAUUCUCGGGAUACCGGCGUUAUUGCUUGAAGGAAAUGGAAUUCUGAGCUGGUUUGAUGCACAUCCGUCUCCGUGGUCAGCUCUCAUCAUCAUCUUCAGCUCUGGUGUGUUAGCCUUCUGUCUCAACUUCUCCAUCUUCUACGUCAUUCACUCCACAACCGCAGUCACCUUCAACGUAGCUGGGAACCUCAAGGUUGCGGUGGCUGUAAUGGUGUCAUGGUUAAUAUUCCGUAACCCGAUUUCGUAUAUGAAUGCUGUUGGAUGCGGGAUUACGCUUGUGGGCUGCACGUUUUAUGGAUACGUCAGGCAUAUGCUCUCGCAGCAAGCACCUGGAACUCCUAGGACUCCUCGCACCCCAAGAAGCAAGAUGGAGUUGCUUCCUCUUGUUAACAACGAUAAGCUCGAAGGCAAAGUUUGA